UUGAAGGUGGAAUAAGAAGCAAUAGUAAUAGUAAUAUAUAAAUGAUGUCAAGGGGUGUAAUAGAGCCACUUAUUGUGGGAAGAGUGGUGGGCGACGUGGUUGAUUUGUUCUCUCCAAAUGUGAAAAUGAGUGUGGUUUACAACUCCACCAAACAAGUCGCCAAUGGCCACGAGCUUCCCCCUUGUUUUGUUUCCUCUAAGCCACGCGUUGAGGUCGGUGGCGACGACAUGAGAUCGGCUUUCACUUUGAUUAUGAUCGACCCAGAUGCUCCAAGCCCCAGUGAUCCUUUUCAUAAGGAAUACCUUCACUGGAUGGUCACGGACAUUCCUGGAACCACUGAUGCUUCUUUCGGAAAAGAGAUGAUGAGUUACGAGAGUCCAAACCCGCUCAUUGGGAUUCAUCGUUAUGUGUUCGUGUUGUUCAAGCAGCAUGGGCGGGAGAUGGUAAGAUUAUCAUCGUCUUCGAGACAACAUUUCAGCACAAGAAAGUUCUCAGAGGCGAAUGGUUUGGGGCUUCCAGUGGCCGCAGUUUACUUCAAUGCUCAGAGAGAGAAAGGCACAAGAAGAAAAUGAUAUAAUGUAUUGUGAAACUGCCUAAGAAGCUUAGUUAGUGGUCAUUAAUAUUGUGUUUUCAUUAAGGCCUUUGUUCUCCAUCUCUGUUUCUUGUCUCUUAAGGUUCUUGUAUUGUCUAUUGCGAAUAAAUUCUCUGUUUGGCCCCCUCAAA